GGCUUGGCAGAGAGCGCUCUUUUGUUGAAAAGAUUUUGGCAAAUUAAUUUUAUAAAAACUUAUAGCGAUAUAUUGAAUACGCAAUGUCGGAAAAUAAUGAAGCGUCAGUGGAAAGUAACUGUUUCCGAGGUGGCUUCACCUUGAAGGCCUCGCGCUUGGGCGGGGCAGUGCUGCGUCCGCCCGUGCUUGGGCCCUCCGUUCUGGGGUCGAGUGCCCAGACCAACAGCAACAAUAGUUCCACAUCGCUGGCCGGCAACAACGAAAAGUCGGAGGAUGAAAACAUCUCAAACAACCCAUUUUUGCGCGAAGAAAAGGAUGAAGGAAAUGAAGAUGCCGGGGCCGAUGCCACCGCCGUCGCAGCCGCCGCCCCUACGGUUGCCCCGGAGUCUUCUUCCAUUGAAAAAGCAGAACAGAAGGACGACGAUGAAGUUGAUGAGCGGCCGGAUCCGCUGACCAAGCUUCGAAGCAAUGGCAUCGAGCGAUCCAGUAUGUUCGGAGCAGCCAAAACCAAUAUGCCACAUGUCCAGACAACUGGCUAUGUAUUCGGGCAGAAUGUGCAUGAGCGUGUCGUCGGCGUUGGUGACGGCCAUGUGGCUGCUGCAGUCCCAGGAAGCUCCUCGGAGAAGACCAACACAGACCAAGACAAUGUUGAGGCGGCAGCCGCCACAUCCCAAUCGCAGCAGACACAGGAACCCUCUUCCUCGUCGCAGCUCCUGUUCUCCAGCGUGAUUCAGAAGGCUGCCCAAUCCACAGACAGCAGCGAGGCUGCCUCCUGCAGCUCCAGCAGCAACAACAACAAAUCUGAGGCAUCAGAAGCCAAGAGUCUGACAGACGUGGCGCGCGAGUACGAGGAGAGCCGCGCCCAGAAGCGCAAGUACGAGGAGGUGGAGACAUUCACUGGGGAGGAGGACGAACUGAAUAUUGUCGAUGUCAGCUGCAAGCUGUUCGCCUGGGUCAACAGCAACUGGGAGGAGCGUGGACGAGGCAGUCUGCGCCUGAACGAUGUCAAGGGCGAACGUGACUGUUCGCGCGUCGUCUUCCGUACCUCGGGCAACCUCCGUCUGUUGCUGAAUACCAAAGUCUGGGCGGCCAUGGUGGCCGAACGGGCCAGCCCCAAGUCACUGCGUCUGACUGCCAUCGAUAACACGGGAUCCCUGAAGAUCUUUCUUGCCAUGGGUCGUCCGGCGGACAUUGCCCAGCUGCACAAGUCUCUCGGCGACCGCAUUGCCCGCCGCAAGCUAAUCCAUCCCGAAGAAUGCUCCGUCGAGAACACGAAAAAUGGUGUGUCCUCUGAAGUUGCCGCCAGCCUGCAGCCCGAAUCGACCACACACGACGAUGAGGAUUCGUCAUCAGCCCCAGCGGCCACCGCCGUUGCCGAGGCGGACAGCAUGGAGCCCAGUCCCAAGAAGGUGCUCGUCCAGCAGCCCGACAGCAGCGAUGAUGUCUGUGUGCCGCCCAUGGAAGUGGCCAGCGAAGACGUAGAUGCCGAUGCCGAUGCCGCCGCCAAUGCCGAGGCCGAGGCCAAGGAGUCGUCGUCCGCUGAUCAAAAUUAACCGCCGCUUGCUUACGUGUUUUUUUUUUCGAAAUAUAAAUGGAGAACAGAACAGAAACACCCCCCACUAAAUGAAUGAGAAACGCAGUGAAUUAUUAUAAA